AUGGCUCAGAGUUUUGAACAAAUUGUACCAAUGGAUGAAUUUAUUGAGUUGGAGCAAGAUGAAAUUUUCUUCUUGUUCAAAUCUCCGGAAACAAAAUAUUCUUCAGAGAAAAUUAAAUGGGAAGCUGCACUGAAAUGGGCCAAACGAAGUCGUCGCCAUAAGAAAUUUUUUCCAGACUUAUUUGAGUUGAUGAAACUUCAGGAUUUUUCUGAUGAUUUUAUUCAACAAACAGUCAGAAAUGAACCUUUAGUUAAAGAGUCGCAUAAAUGUAAAGAUUUAUUGCUUGAUAUUCAUUAUCCCAGAGCUCAGAUGGAAAUACUUGUCCCACAUAUUGCUGUCUCGACAAGAACAGGUAUAAAGACUCUGAAUCUCCAAACAAAUCAAUGGUCUAGUUUGCAGUCAGAUGAUGAUGUUGGCAUUCAUCUUGUCAAUGCUGAGGGACGAUUGUAUGCUUCAGAUGGGAAUGAAUUAUCUUUGCUGCAGGAUGGACAAUGGAUUAGGAAGACCAAGGUUAAAAGAAAGAAAGUAAACGAUAAUACAGUUUAUCUCAAGGGUGGGAUUUAUAUUAUCGGCUUUGAUCAGCAUACAGUGCGUUAUGACAUUGCCAAAGACAAAUGGAAUAGGAAUUUGCCCCCAUGUCUCCUUGAUUAUGGAUUUUGUGCUGCUGCCUCUGGUGGGUUCAUAUAUGCAAUGGGAGGUCAUUCAACACUUAGAGAAGCAAAAGUAAACGAUCCUGAAACAAAGGAAUGGUCUUUCCUGCCUCAGAUGAUUUAUGGGACACAGAAUGGUGCAGCAGUCGUUUUUCAAAGCAAGGUUUACGUGCUUGGUGUCGAAGGUGUUUCUGGUCUGCUUCCUUCCAACUUUGUUCAAUGUUAUAAUCCUGUUGUUCGCUCAUGGACAGAAAUUGCAAUAAUAAAGAUGAAGAGAGAAUGUUUCAGUGCAUGUGUUGUUGAUAAUAAAAUGUAUGCAGUCGGUGGUGCUAAAGGUAGAGGUCUGACUAAGGAUUCUAUUGAAACAUUCAAUGAAUUAUCUGGUGAAUGGGAAAUAGUCUGUGAAAUGGAUGGGCCUGAGGUGAAUUGGGUUUAUUGCUGUAGCUAUGCUCAAUAG